AUUUGUUAUUCAACCGGAAUUUUAUAACCUGAAAUUCAAGAUGGCGGCGUCCAGAGCUGCGCUGUCUCUGUCUAAAGCCUUAAACCCAAUACAGCGUGGAAAUACGGUCAAGGUGUUUGGAACAGCUCUCUUCAACCAAAGAGAGAACUCAACCUACACAGGAAAAAGCAUACCUCCACCUGCCAGGUAUGGCGGCAGACACACUGUCGCACUGAUUCCAGGAGACGGGAUCGGCCCGGACCUGCUUAACCAUGUGCGAGAACUCUUCAGGUUCAGCUGCGUUCCUGUGGACUUUGAGGUGGUCAAUGUCAACUCUUCCCUAAUUAACGAGGACGACAUCAACAAUGCCAUCAUGGCUAUACGCCGGAAUGGAGUUGCUCUUAAGGGCAACAUUGAGACAAACCACAUACUGCCACCUUCACACAAAUCAAGGAACAAUCUUCUUCGCACCAGUCUGGACUUGUAUGCAAACGUGAUGCAUUGCCAGUCCUUGCCGGGGGUUCAGACCCGCCAUAAGAACAUUGAUAUUAUUAUCAUUCGAGAGAACACAGAAGGGGAAUACAGCAGCCUGGAGCAUGAGAGUGUACCUGGUGUGGUGGAAUGCCUAAAGAUCAUCACACGGAAUAACUCUCUGCGUAUUGCCGAGUAUGCCUUCAAGUUGGCCAGAGAGAAAGGACGACGUCGGGUCACGGCUGUGCACAAGGCCAACAUCAUGAAACUGGGAGACGGCCUCUUUCUCCAGUGCUGUAAAGAGGUGGCCUCUGGAUAUCCUGACAUUGCCUUCGACAGCAUGAUUGUAGACAACACCACUAUGCAGCUUGUUUCCAAGCCCCACCAGUUUGAUGUCAUGCUGAUGCCUAAUCUGUAUGGUAAUGUGGUCAGCAACGUGUGUGCUGGGCUAGUGGGCGGACCUGGACUGGUGCCUGGAGCCAACUACGGGAAAGAUUAUGCUGUUUUUGAAACAGCCACUCGAAACACUGGGAAGAGCAUCGCCGGCCGGAACAUUGCCAAUCCCACUGCGAUGCUACUGGCCAGCUGUCUCAUGCUGGAUCACCUCAAGCUUCAUGAGUAUGCCAGCAUGAUCCGUAGUGCUGUUUUUACCACGAUGAACGAGACUCAGUUGCAUACACCAGACAUCGGAGGGCAGGGCACUACCUCAGAGGUGGUACAGGCCAUCAUGAGGAACAUCAAGAGCAGCGGCCCGCUAACUUCAGAGCUUUAAUGCUAGAACUACUAUAGCACCUCCAUAGCCGUGUAUGGUAAUGAAGCACUCAGUAAAAUGAUGACACUGUGUUUAAAAUGUAAAUACAACUCGAUGCAUACUAAAGUGGAAUUACUUAAAUUAAGCCUGGCUUUAUUUUUUUUCAAUCUUCGUUUGCCAUUUCAGGUUUUUUUUUUUUUUAUAAAUCAUGUCUUACACACAGAUUCUCAAACUAUAGCACUCCAGAAUCUGGACAGAGGAUAAAGAUAUGUUUAUGCUGUUCACAGGUUGUAUUGGAAGACAUUUUCAUUCGCUCUGUCCUGAUUGCUCUCCAUCUAGGGUCACAUACGUGUCAUAUAACAUAAGGAUUAUGUGUUAAUGAUAUUUAUGUAUAGGUUAUGGUUCUAUUGUUAAACAACUCCGAUUUGCAGCAAUGUUUCAUUCAUACAUGUUGUUGUUUUUCCCUAAGCCAAAUUAUUUGAUAAAGGUGCUUAGGGCACUUUAAUGAAUGAUUUUAGAAAAUACUGAACAUAAAAUAUUAAGUUCCCAUGGUGUAAGUCUUUCUCAACAACACAAAUGGUGUUCAUUAAUCUAAUCUUAUUCUUACUAUUUGACCAGGGUUGAGUUUUUCACACACGCAUUUAUCUGUAAACCGGUAUGUUUGUCAUAGCAUUUCCAUUAUUACAUGGGAACCUUUUUUUGAGGAGAAAAAGUAUGGUUUAUCGUAUCGUGCCUGAUGUUUUCGUGUCAAUAAAGUGGCUUAUAAAGUUCA